UAAUAUUAUGAAUACAUUUUCUUCAAAUGUAAUUAAAACCUUGGAUAAAAUAAAAAAGCACAUUAGUUACUACGGGUUUUGAACAAGCCCUUCAGGACAAUCACAACGUCAAUACUUUUCUGUCACUGUCAAAAACAUACGUUCAAUAUCGUGAACACUGAAAUAUUUUCAAUUUUGUUAAAUAUUUCAGUGUAAUAUGGCAUACAAAUCAUCGUUACCCAUUUGAACAGUUUAUUAGUAUCAAAUAGCUUCACAAUGGAAGAAAACAAGUCCAUUUUACACGAAUUGUACGUGUUUUCUGAAUGGAAACCAGAACCCGAAUACAUCCAAAAACCGGAUAAUAUUCUUCCGGAAAAUAUAUCAGCUCUCUGGCGAUGGCUGAAGUUUUUCGGACCUAAAAAGAGCCUUAUUGACAGCAUAGCAGCAUGCAAGGAAAGACAACAGAAGUGGCACAUAGCGCUCGGGGACGAAGGCAAGGUGAUUGCAGUCCUGACUGAUAAUAUUCUGGAGAUCAGGACCAAGCGCUCCGAGUAUGCCACCAUAGCAGCUCGGACUACAGUGUCUCGAGAUGCAUAUCCCCAGUGGCGGAAGCUGGUGUGGAGUCCGGACUGCUCAUUCCUGGCCAUGGCUUAUGGGAAUGGUGUGGUCAGCUUCUUUGAUCUGACUGCUUCUAAUCUCUUCAAUAUACCAGCUGACUGCACAAGGCCGGGAGGGCUGGAGUGUACAGACAACACUCAUGCUGUAGCCGACAUCAUUUUCAUGCCCCUGAGGGUAAAGGAUAACAAAUGGAACUGGGAGGUCCUGGUAGUGACAUACGACGGCCGCAUCCGCGGGUUCCUCAUAUCCGUAGAGGGCUGCGAGCUGCACCACUCCUUUAGUUUCCCCGGCGGCGCCGGCACCGCCGUCCACUGCUCCACGCACGCCACGCUGCUGGUCGCCGGGCUGCCGAGGGCUGCAGUCAAGGACCCCUCCUCGCCCCUCAGUGCUGGCAUCACCGCCUGGCGCAUACUGAACGAAGCGCCCUGGUACAAGCUCUCUGUGGUAUCCGAUCAGUUGGAGACACAGCUAGCCAACCAGGGCUUCCAGUUCUAUGUACCCUUCGUGUCUGCUAAAAACCUGGCCUUCAUAGUCCAAAUGGUGGUAUCCCCGGACAACUCCAAGCUGGUCUGCCUCCACUGCAACGGCGACAUCACAGUAUGGCGUCUGCCGCUCCUCAAGCUGCUGCACCGCUACCCGCUGGCCUCGCAGCCUCAGUGCAACCUCCAGAACCCGCUCGUGAAGCAAGAGAAUGAUGCCUUAUCGCACCUUGCGGGCGAUGUCAGCUGGUGGAGUGACGAGGAAGUGAUUCUGUCUCGGUUCAGCGGCGCCGUGUCGGUGUGCAGCGUAGAGAACAUGGUCAACAUCCUCGGCAAGAAACCGGAGUUCUUCCAAGGUGCCCCGAGGGUGACAAUGGCGCACGCCGGAACGUUCAUGGUGCUGGAGUGCGAGGCCACCGUGCUGCCCUCCAAGAGGGCGCGCAGCGACGACAGCCUGGAAAUGGUACAAAUCGAACCGGACACGGAAGACACAAUGUUGGAUCUGACUCGGGAGCUGUUCAAAACGAUCAUGUUCGCUAUAACCGACAUGGAGACGUUCCAGCCGCGGCCGCGGAGGGUCACGGUGGUCGCCCGCGUGUACAGGUUACUUGGAGUUCGGAGUACCACGCCGCAGGAGCUGUUUUCUAGAAAGAUCGAGAGCGGCAACUACAAUGAGGCCUUGGCCCUAGCCGAGGAGUUUGGGCUGGACAGCGACUUGGUGUACCAGCAGCAGUGGCGCAAGAACACAGUCUCCACCGACGCCAUACAGAAGUACCUGAGUAAAGUGUCGAAAAAGAUCUGGGCGGUGCACCAGUGCGUGGACCGACUGCCAGAAACUCUGCCGGCUGCCAAGGAACUACUGCAGUUCGGUCUCAAGCUGACCAACGAGGAGAUACUUCAUGAAAUAAAUAAGGACAAGGAGGAGAAGAUCGAAGACCCAGAUUUGAUAGAAUUAUCGGACCUGAAUGCGUACACCAGCGAACUGCUUCGCUGCCGACAUGUGAUGCUGUUUUAUAGGCAGCGCGUCUCGCUCUAUGAAGCAAUACUCCGGUGUGAGAAAUCCACGUACGUGAAAGACGAAUACGACCGUCUCCGCGCCAACAGCCUGGUGCACAGCUGCGUGGAGCUGGCCAAGGAGGGCCGCCUGCGCGCGCUGGCGUGCCUGUGGCCGCACGUGGGGGCGGCGCGCGGGCAGCUGGCCGUGCUGGAGAGCCUGCCCGAGACCAUCAGCCCGCUGCUGUACCGGCACCUGCUGCCGGCGGCCGGCCGCGCCCAGUGGGAGACCACUCCGGCCAAGCUGGAGGACUAUGAGAGUGAUUGGUGCAGGAAGGAAAUAUUCAGAUCAAUUUGGAGCUCGAACUGGUCUGAAGACAGCUCGCCGGACUCCGAGACGGCCGCUGCUAACGACGACAUAUCGCAGUGGUACGAGAAGCGCGCGCGUGAGAUCGAAGCCAAGAGCGGCCUCGCGUCGCACGCGCUCACGCUCGCCACCAUCGCGGCCGAGGCCGGCGGGGUGCCCGGCCUCGACGGCCUCAUCUUCCACCUGCUCACCCUGGACGUCCUGCUGUACGACCUCAAUGUGGAGGGGGUGACGCUGGACCAACUGGAGAAGCUUAGCGCGCUGGAGACUUGCGGUCUGCUCAUGAAGGUGUCGACGCCGAAAACGUUCGUGGCGGACCUGAAGCAGUUCGUGAUCCCAUUCCUGAAGCGUUAUGAGACCCUGACGAAGCGCGCCGACUGCGUGGUUCAAGGACUCAUGGACUACCUGGAGAGCGUCAGUGUGGACGACCUAUCGUCUAUAUUACUGGUCCUACAAUCCCCGAACGAGUUCGAGCUGGACGUCCGCACGCACCUGGACCUGGCUGAGAAGUGUCUGUACGCGUACAACGGGACGGAACAGCUGGACAAGGCGUGCGACUUGCUCGACACCAUACUCAAGGAAACCGACGGAAGCAUCUCCGAAAGCGAGCUGAUCCGGCGAUGCGCCGAGCUAGAGAAGCUAGUGGCCGCUAGCAGCCUGAUCAACUGGCGAGGGGUGCGGGUCACCGUUCAGGAGUUAAGAGAAAUGCCACGAGACAAAGAGCGCGCGAGGAUGCUGCUCGCCAGAGUGGCCAGAGACAAAAACCGCGAAGAGAAAUGGACGCAGCAGGAGUGGGAGAAACUGCUGAAAGACUUGCUGGAGUUGCAGUCGACCUUACUCAACUGUGUCAGCAAGGAAGAGGUUUAUGAGAUCUACGCUUCAUCUCUCCUGACGUCCGGCGACGAAGCCAGCAUCAAGCUGGCGUCGACAGUGCUGUCCUGCGGAGGCGGCGCCCCCUCGCGCCUGAUCCCCGCGGCGCGCUCGGCGCAGCUGGCGGCGGCCUGCGCUCGCGAGUACUUCAACUCCAGCGGGGAACUACAAGAGCCGGCGCUGCAGCGAGCCAAGUCAGUACAUUAUACUUCAACAGUGCUGUCCUGCGGAGGCGGCGCCCCCUCGCGCCUGAUCCCCGCGGCGCGCUCGGCGCAGCUGGCGGCGGCCUGCGCUCGCGAGUACUUCAACUCCAGCGGGGAACUACAAGAGCCGGCGCUGCAGCGAGCCAAGUCAGUACAUUAUACUUCAACAGUGCUGUCCUGCGGAGGCGGCGCCCCCUCGCGCCUGAUCCCCGCGGCGCGCUCGGCGCAGCUGGCGGCGGCCUGCGCUCGCGAGUACUUCAACUCCAGCGGGGAACUACAAGAGCCGGCGCUGCAGCGAGCCAAGUCAGUACAUUAUACUUCAACAGUGCUGUCCUGCGGAGGCGGCGCCCCCUCGCGCCUGAUCCCCGCGGCGCGCUCGGCGCAGCUGGCGGCGGCCUGCGCUCGCGAGUACUUCAACUCCAGCGGGGAACUACAAGAGCCGGCGCUGCAGCGAGCCAAGUCAGUACAUUAUACUUCAACAGUGCUGUCCUGCGGAGGCGGCGCCCCCUCGCGCCUGAUCCCCGCGGCGCGCUCGGCGCAGCUGGCGGCGGCCUGCGCUCGCGAGUACUUCAACUCCAGCGGGGAACUACAAGAGCCGGCGCUGCAGCGAGCCAAGUCAGUACAUUAUACUUCAACAGUGCUGUCCUGCGGAGGCGGCGCCCCCUCGCGCCUGAUCCCCGCGGCGCGCUCGGCGCAGCUGGCGGCGGCCUGCGCUCGCGAGUACUUCAACUCCAGCGGGGAACUACAAGAGCCGGCGCUGCAGCGAGCCAAGUCAGUACAUUAUACUUCAACAGUGCUGUCCUGCGGAGGCGGCGCCCCCUCGCGCCUGAUCCCCGCGGCGCGCUCGGCGCAGCUGGCGGCGGCCUGCGCUCGCGAGUACUUCAACUCCAGCGGGGAACUACAAGAGCCGGCGCUGCAGCGAGCCAAGUCAGUACAUUAUACUUCAACAGUGCUGUCCUGCGGAGGCGGCGCCCCCUCGCGCCUGAUCCCCGCGGCGCGCUCGGCGCAGCUGGCGGCGGCCUGCGCUCGCGAGUACUUCAACUCCAGCGGGGAACUACAAGAGCCGGCGCUGCAGCGAGCCAAGUCAGUACAUUAUACUUCAACAGUGCUGUCCUGCGGAGGCGGCGCCCCCUCGCGCCUGAUCCCCGCGGCGCGCUCGGCGCAGCUGGCGGCGGCCUGCGCUCGCGAGUACUUCAACUCCAGCGGGGAACUACAAGAGCCGGCGCUGCAGCGAGCCAAGUCAGUACAUUAUACUUCAACAGUGCUGUCCUGCGGAGGCGGCGCCCCCUCGCGCCUGAUCCCCGCGGCGCGCUCGGCGCAGCUGGCGGCGGCCUGCGCUCGCGAGUACUUCAACUCCAGCGGGGAACUACAAGAGCCGGCGCUGCAGCGAGCCAAGUCAGUACAUUAUACUUCAACAGUGCUGUCCUGCGGAGGCGGCGCCCCCUCGCGCCUGAUCCCCGCGGCGCGCUCGGCGCAGCUGGCGGCGGCCUGCGCUCGCGAGUACUUCAACUCCAGCGGGGAACUACAAGAGCCGGCGCUGCAGCGAGCCAAGUCAGUACAUUAUACUUCAACAGUGCUGUCCUGCGGAGGCGGCGCCCCCUCGCGCCUGAUCCCCGCGGCGCGCUCGGCGCAGCUGGCGGCGGCCUGCGCUCGCGAGUACUUCAACUCCAGCGGGGAACUACAAGAGCCGGCGCUGCAGCGAGCCAAGUCAGUACAUUAUACUUCAACAGUGCUGUCCUGCGGAGGCGGCGCCCCCUCGCGCCUGAUCCCCGCGGCGCGCUCGGCGCAGCUGGCGGCGGCCUGCGCUCGCGAGUACUUCAACUCCAGCGGGGAACUACAAGAGCCGGCGCUGCAGCGAGCCAAGUCAGUACAUUAUACUUCAACAGUGCUGUCCUGCGGAGGCGGCGCCCCCUCGCGCCUGAUCCCCGCGGCGCGCUCGGCGCAGCUGGCGGCGGCCUGCGCUCGCGAGUACUUCAACUCCAGCGGGGAACUACAAGAGCCGGCGCUGCAGCGAGCCAAGUGCGCGUUGUCCCUGAUCCAAGACGAGAACGAGGAGAUACAGCAGGAGUUGGACCUCAUCGCUUCCUUGGAGAUACUGAGCGCCUUCAAUUUGGACAUACUCCCUAUUCAAGUUCGUCUGUGCGAAGAUAGAUUGACGCUGAUAGAAAAGUGUCUGCAGUCGGACCCGAACGCCUAUAUGGCGAGCAGCAAACUGCUGAAACUCGCCAAGUUGCUGCGGGUGGCCGGCGACGACGAGCAGGCCAGGGAAGGGCUCGUCCUCCAGCUGGUCGCUUCGGCGGCCGUGGCGGCCGGCGCGGGGGGCUGCGCGGCGGCCGCGGGCGCCGCGCGCCGCCUGGCCGCGCUGCGCUGCGCGCCCGCCGCGCCGCUGCUGGCGCACGUGGCGCGCGGCGCCCGCGCCCACGCCGACACCGGCGCCAGGAGGGACUUGUACGCGGCCGCGGCCACCUACGCCGACCCGAAGGCUAUCGAAGAGAUUCUCAGAGAUAGACUGUCGCUGGAACUAGAGGGGCUGCAGCAGACGGCCGCCGCGGCGCGCGAGCACGCCAGCCUGGCGGAGCGCUGGCCUUCGACGGACGAUGAGUUCUCUGACGCCAUCACCACGCCCGUGAUCGAGAAGAAAGACCUGGUGGCUCCGGUUGAGAAAAAAGUCCCGCUGUUCAACUACCUGCUGGACACGUUCCAGAACAAGUUCUCCGGAGGUGACCCGAAGCCCCAACCAACCGACGCAUCGGAUCACGCCAUCUACUGCCAAGAGUUCUACCGCACCCUGUACCCCGAGCACCAGACAUCAGACAGCUACUACAACUACACCUCCUUCAGCGCCCCCAACCCGCACGAGCAGAGCGUGGCGCAGGCCGUGCUCAAGUGGUACUACGUGCAGAACUGUCUGGACAACUGCACACCCCAUCUCGAGGGCGAAGUGGUCCAAAAAGUCGCCGAAGAGCUCCUGAAUAAGGACACGGCCCUGAGUGUGGCGUGUCUCCUGCGCUCGGCGCGCGACGCCCGCCCGUGGGAGCGGCGCCACUCCCGCGCCGCGCUGAGCGCCGCCCUGUACGCCAACGUGCUGGAGUGCUCGGCGCCGGACCUCAGGGACAACGUGUAUCUCACCAAACCGGACCAGCUAGCCCGAAUGACCCUGGAAGGGCAGACCGCGUCCGACGAGCAGAUGGAGGUGAUCCGCCGCUGCCUCGCCAAGCUCGGCGGCUGCGGGCACGUGCAGCGGGUCAGGGCGCUCGGGCUGCGCGUCGACGGGCGGCUGUUCGCGGCCGACCCCGACUACCGCCAGGAGAUUGUUUAUAGGCUGGCCAGGUCCCCAAACCCCGAGCACCUAGAGCUAGCAUGUUCCCUGGCUUCCAAAUACGACCUGGACGCCUUAGAAGUGUGGCUGCAGCACGCGGAAAGCGACCCUACGCUCUCCAGCUUAGUUUCAAGUUUACCUUGCAGCGACGCUACUACUCAUUCUCGAAUCCGCGAAGGCCUCUGGCCGAAGAUCAACGGCUCCAACCACCACGCGCUGAUCAACUUCUUCACCAUCCUGAAGGGUGUCGACGAGAAACCUCCGCUGUGGGGCCUCACGGCGGCUGAACACAUCAAGCUGCUGAAGAAAGUCAAGGCUGCUUCUAAUGAGUUGGACUACAAGAUCCUCCUCGAGCCUGCCUCAGAAGCCGAGUUCACUUCACACAUCUUAUCCGUUAUGCGGCCCGAAACCGCUGGCAUGGUCACCAAGCUACUACGGACCUUGCCUCCGGCUUUCCAUCUGCCUCUACCGGUCCACACGCUCUACACCAUGUGGCUCACUAAUUACUUCUUCAGUGAGCCAAGUAACGGUUCAUCAAGCAACAAGAAAUGGAUGCAACGCUACCGUCAAUGCGCCAGCUACUUCAACAAGCUCGCCAAGAAGGAACUACUGCGGUUCCUAGCCGACACCUGCUUCAGCGAGCAGGCUCGACAGCGGGUUCCGGCAGGCACGCGCAGUCUGAUGCUGAUGCAGGCCGUGGACUACUGCCAACAGGAGCAGGAGAAUGACUACAAGUUCACCAAGGACGAAAUGUCAUGGACGCAAGUCGGGCAAGAGCUGACCCGCUGGGCGCGAUUCUUAGAGAACUAUCACUCGGACACCAUACAGGGCAUCAUAGAGCACAGUAACGUGCCCCGCGACGAGAUAUGGCCGGAGAUAGAACAGAGCCACGGCGACCCGACAACGCUCGUCCCACUAGUGGGCCGCCUGGUGUUGGCCGGGCUGGGCUCGGCGCCGCUCGGCACGGUGCUGCAGUGCCUGCACAUAGCCACCGACGCGGCCGGCGUGCUGCGGCAUCUGGCUGACACGUGUGGACCGAGUGAAGUAGGGACCCUCGUGACCCGCAUAAUCCAGUACCACAAGGAAGGCAUCAAGCUGGAGCAGGAGGUGAUCGAGGCCGCCCUGCUGCAGGCCGCCGCGGCCGGCCUGCCGCCGCACCGCCAGGUCGGGCUGCUGGCGCUGCGCGACCUGGAGCCGCUCCACCACUCAGAAGACCUGGCUAAAGUGGCUCAGUACACUGUGGACUUGAUAAAGACGGAGUUCAGCAACGAGGAGUACGCUCAGGAGUUGACGGAGGAAAUGCUGAUGACGGACGACGGCAGACGAGAGGCCUUCACCCAACUCCUAGAACUGGCGGAGACCUUCGCUCGCAAGAAGGCGCUCGCAGACGUGGUCAACUGCUGGCCUCCCAGCAGGGACAGCGAGUCCCGCAGCAUCCAAUUCCUGUACAUUCAGAAUCUACUCUCUGACUGCGACCAGCACGAGCCGCGGGUGGUCAUCAAGCUGCUGCUGCGGCGACCACAACUCACACAACAGGAAGUAAAAUGGCUGACCUCGGACGUGUCGGGCCUGUCGAUCAUCAGUUCGCUGUGGGUAGUGGUGCUCGCCAAGUGCGACCGGGACCAGCUGCUGUGGCUGGCCCUCAAACACAAGGAUUACCUCGCGAUGAUGGAAAUAGAGGACGACCUAAUCAAAGAACUGCUCGACAAUGAUUACUUUAUCAUGAUAGUCCCAACCCCGCUCUACUCCGCCGCCAUUAACUACAUCGUAGGCAGCGAGUCCACGGAACAAAACGCCGGCGUUUAUUCCAUACAGUGGGCCGUCUGUGAGCUGUGCAAACAUAGCUACAUCGCCGAGGCUGGCCAGCUGCAGUUGAUGGCGAUGGGUGUGCCCGCGGCUCUGCGCGGCUUCACGCCAUCUGUUGUGUAUUGUAAGAACUUGUUUAAGAAGUAAUGUAUUAGGUUAAGGGAUGUAAGUUAUUGAAUUAUUAAAUGGUGCAAUCGG